UGUUAACUUGGCCGAAAUAAGAACCUACGUACCUACGAUAGAAACGGAAAGUGAACUAUUUUAGUCAAGUCCAAAAUGACUCCUGGUUUGGCCACAUUAAAAAGAGGAAGUAUACAAAUUCAGAAAGCUGCAACAAAGAUUGUUAACGAACAAAUAGGAUCACAACAGGUCCUCGUAGUUUUCGUAAUAACUGGGUUUGUUCUUUGCGGAAUCGUGGAGCAAUCUGCAUCCGUAGCCCUGAGAGCCAACAUAACGUCUAGAAUUACUGCCGAAGAAUUUGCAGAGUAUGUUGAAAAUACGAGCUAUAUUACUCGCUACUGUCAGGACCCAGAUGAACGAAACAUUACUAAAAUUCAUGUGGUGCGGUCCAUACCCCACAUCGAAAUUCCGAUGACGAGAACUGACGAAACCGAGUCGGUUUUGCGGGAAGCAUUCAUGUGGGGUACUCUGGCGUCACCGCUGGCUGCAAGUAGGAUAGCAGCACGCGUGGGUGCCGAAAGACUCUACGGGGUGGGUGUGUUGGGCGCGGGGGCUUUGGCCGUUAUGGUUCCUGCUGCCUGGCUCACUCCGUAUCACGUGGCGGUGCGGAUUGCCCAGGGAAUGUUUAUGGGUGCAGCAUGGCCAGGAGCACAUGUUUUAGCAGUUACAUGGUUCAAACCAAAACGAAUAAGUGCCUUCGUGUCGACUUAUACAGCUGUCAAUUUGGGAUACGCAGUUGUUGGAAUUGUUGGAACACCUCUUGUGAAAUACCUUGGCCGAGAUUGUUUAAGUUAUUUCAUAGCAAUGAUAGCAGCGAUAUGGUAUUUCCUAUGGUGGCGAUUUGUCGAAGAAUCUCUACACCCCAACAGACCAAUUCGAGACGAACACAAAACUCUUCCAUGGAGAAGACUUUUAAUGUCGAAACCAGCAUGGGCUUGUGGUAUAGCCGUUGUAGGAAGCCAAUGGGCGGACGCUACUUUAAUGUUGGGAGUAACGAAAUAUCUAAAGCUGGUUUAUGGAUUUUCGAUUGAGCUUGAUGACGUUUUGGCAUCGUUACCCCAUAUCGGUCAUUUCUUUGCCGCACUCACCUUCGGAAUAGUGGUUGAUCACGUCAGAGAAUCAGGAUUACUCUCCACAACUUCUUGCAGAAAGUUAUUUGUUUAUAUUUCACAUUUUUUACCAGCGGCGUGCAUGUUCGUACUUGGAUAUACAGGGUGUGAUCCUGCAGCCCCUGCAGCACUAUAUACAGCUGCCUUGGCAUUAACUGGUGCCACACCUGCCGGUGCUUAUGCCAGUGCAGCCGACAUUGCCCCAAACUUUGCAGGAACUGUGUUUGGCUUAUGCCAAACAAUUGGUGCUGCUGGUUUGUUAGCAGCCAACUACGCAGUUUCCGAGGGUCUCCAUGGAUCAAUCGCAGGCUGGUGGCGUCUUCUUUUCGGUAUAUCAUCAACAGUUUUACUAAUAACUGCUACAGUUUUCAUGGGUAUAGGAAGCGGAUCUGUACAGGAUUGGAACGCUCCAGGAGACAUUCCACCUGAACUUGAAGAGGAAGAAGAACCCCGAUUUGAAUCCGUACUGGAAUGAAUAUCUUAUGGGCAUAUAUAUGGACGUAUUUUGGGGAAGAAGUGCUAGAUCAAAACAAGUCGUCAAGCCAAAUGUUCAGAACGAAUUUUAAGCAAAAAAAUAAAACCAUAUUGACAAAAAGUCAUUUCCAUUUUAUGUUUCUACAUUAUUUAAUACUUUUAUUAUCUCUGAACUAAAAGUAGAUUAAGAGAAAAAAUGGCCCAUUUGCUUCUCCUCGGCUAUGUCCAUGGUUCGGUACAAAAAAAUCUUGAAAGACUACAUUUUAAUAAUAGGCAUGUACUCCUUUAAAUACCCAAAAAAAGUCCAAAUACUAAUUACAAAUUAUACAGUUUAUGGUUUAUUAUGUACUACAAAAUAAAAUUAAU